AUGACAAAGAAUUUAGAAACACAGUGUUGCAAGUGCGGUGGUGCAGCAACAAAAAACAAUAAACUAAUAGGAUGUGACUUUAUGACUUGUCUGAAGGUCUUUCAUGACAAUUGUAACGACAAUCCGGUGAGAAUAGAUGGCAAUAACAAAUUUGUUUGUGACGAACAUAGAGCGAGAGUUGAACAAGAUCAACAGAAAAAUGCGGGAAAUUCCGUUCAAGAAGUAGACUUAACGUCAGUUGAACCUCUUAAAAAUAGUGAACAGAAUCCUAAUCUUCAGGAAAAGGCAGUAAAUCCUAAAUUAAAGGACGACAAUCAAUUCCUUGAGCAACAGCCAGCAACGACAAGCAAAGAAGCAACGAAACCAAAUAAAACAAAGGAAAAGGAUGACGAAGAAUGUAAUUUUCAGCGAUCCCUUAGUGGAGUUCCAGCACAAUAUCCAUUACAAGAUAUACCUAAAACGAUAACAAUUAAUCAGUACCAUUUCGAUCUAUUAUUUGCAACUAAUUGGGAGGGGUUUAAUCAUUUUAAUACAUUUGUCCCUAAUAAUUUAAACUAUAAACACUAUGACAACCUAAUAGAUAAAGACAAAGAAAAAAGAAUCAAUAAUUGA